AAUCUACGACCUAUGAAUAAUUUGUUCUAUUUUUAGGCUUCCAAUCCUUCACCGGGUUUAAAAAAAGACGGGUGGGAGCAGGCGAAAAUGGGUGAUCUACUCGCAUGGCUAUUGUUCUUCUUCGUCCUCAUUAUUAUCAUCGUUAUUGUUGUUUACCAGCUUAUGUGCUUGGCUGAUUUGGAGUUCGAUUACAUCAACCCAUAUGACUCUGCAUCUCGGAUAAAUAAGAUGAUUAUGCCAGAGUUUAUCACUCAAGGAGUCUUGUGCUUUCUUUAUCUAAUAACCGGGCAUUGGUUUAUGUCACUGUUGAGUGUUCCAUACCUAUACUACAAUGUGAGAGUGUACAUGCUAAGGCAGCACCUGGUAGACGUAACUGAGAUUUUCAACUCCCUACAUUGGGAAAAGAAGCGGCGGUUUUUCAAACUUGGCUAUCUUGUUUUUCUCCUCUGUAUCUCUUUAUUUUGGACAAUUUGGAACGCAUUGGAAGAAGAAGAGCAAGCGUUCUAACUUACAUUGACACUUCAUGGAAAAAACAGUGUGUACUGUCCACUGAAGCAUGUUAUUGAGUGACAGCACUCUUGCUGCUGUUUUAUUUUAUUUCAAGGCUAGGUCUUCUGUAUUUGAUAUAAUUUGAAAUUGUUCUAGGGUUUAGUGAUAGGCUUCCCUGGCUUCAGUUUUGAUUAUGAUAUACCACUUUCUUAAAUUGUUGUAUGAUUGCGGGAUAUUUGUUGAUAUUUGUCCAAUAACUAUAGGUUUGCGGCAAAUGUUGAUUUGUCUUCGAAGUUCUCUUUGGAACUGUAAUAUGAGCUUUGUUGCUGCCCUUUCUGCAUUUUAUGUGAGAGCACCAUUUUUUGAUUUGUUUUGAUGGAGA